GCCAUCUCCCCCGCCCCAUGUUGUUUUGGCACAGAGUCUUGCCAAGUCAUAAAGGCCUCCUCGCUGGGGAGGCAGAGUCCUCGCGUGGCUUCCUGCCUUGCACACAACCUGUGCCCCCGGGAGCCCAGCUUGCAGACAGCAUGGUGUCCAUGGGCUCUGCAGACCCUCAGUUCAGCCUUGCUGAGAUCCUGUCACAGAACUACAGCCUCCGGGAGGAGUGCACAGUGACCUCAAGGGGCCCAGACAAGCCUGUGGGGGAGCUUGACAAGGACUUCAUCGCCCAGAGCAGUGACAUGCCCCUGGACGAGCUGCUGGCACUGUAUGGCUAUGAGACGUCAGAUGCCAUCUCAGAGCACGAGAGCGAAGGUGGUGACACAGCCCCCACCCUCCCCGACAUGACCCUGGACAAGGAACAAAUAGCGAAGGAUUUGCUCUCUGGGGAAGAGGAAGAAGAGACGCAGUCCUCUGCCGAUGACCUCACCCCAUCUGUCACCUCCCAUGAGGCCUCUGACCUUUUCCCCAGCCAGAAUGGACCCCGUUUCCUGGCUAGUGGUGACAAAGAGCCAGGCUCCUCAGCCUCCUCUGACACCGAGGAAGACUCUCUUCCUGCCAACAAGUGUAAGAAGGAGAUCAUGGUCGGGCCUCAGUUCCAAGCUGACCUGAGCAACCUGCACCUAAGCCGGCACGGCGAGAAGAUUUAUGAGAAUGAGGACCAGCUGCUGUGGGACCCCGGAGCCCUCCCUGAGCGGGAGGUGGAGGAGUUCCUGUACAGGGCUGCCAAGCGCCGGUGGCAGGAGGUGGCUGGCUCCCAGCUCCCAGAGGGGGAGGCCGUGAAGGACAGCGAGCAGGCGCUGUACGAGCUGGUGAAGUGUAAUUUCAAUGUGGAGGAGGCCCUGCGGAGGCUGAGGUUCAAUGUGAAGGUGAUCCGAGAUGGGCUCUGUGCCUGGAGCGAGGAGGAGUGCAGGAACUUUGAGCAUGGCUUCCGCGUGCAUGGAAAGAACUUCCAUCUGAUCCAGGCCAACAAGGUGCGUACGCGGUCAGUGGGUGAGUGUGUGGAAUAUUACUACCUGUGGAAGAAGUCAGAGCGCUAUGACUACUUCACCCAGCAGACGCGGCUAGGCCGGAGGAAGUACGUCCCGUCCGGAACCAUGGAUGCGGACCAAGACUUGGAUGGCAGUGACCCUGAUGGUCCUGCUCGCCCCCGUGCUGAGCAAGGAUCCCUGGCAGGUGCGUGUACAGAGCCGCUGAGUGUGGACUGCGCAGCCAGCGCUCACAGUGAGCCCAGAGUGGAAUCUGGUGGCCUUCCACCCUUGGAGACAGGGCCCUGUCCUUUCCGGCAGCCCGACGAGACUCCUGCUGUGCUUAUGCCCCAGCGGCCACCAGGCCUGGGCGACCCGGCUGUGUAUCCCUCAGACACAGCCACUCCAGAGCCAAGUGUUAGCCCAAGGCUGGCCGUGGACUUCGCCCUGCCGCAGGAGCUGCCCCUUCUCUCCAGCCACGUGGGUCUCAGUGAGGACCCUGAGGAGCCUGUGGCCCCUGCACAGGUGGCCUUGUCAGUUGCCGAGUUUGGACUCAUCGGCAUUGGGGACGUGAACCCUUUCCUGGCUGGACACCCAGCAUGCCCAGCGCCUGGGCUGCACUCAGAGCCCCUGUCACACUGCAAUGUGAUGACCUGUUGACCCCUGGCUCCUGGCGGGUGUGCGCAGCCUGGACUGGACUUGGCCCCGAGCCAGACCUGCCUGUCAGUCUUCCUGACCCCUGCCACCUGGGCCUCUGUGAUGCCUUCUCUGCUUCAGGAGACAGCAGGACUGGGUGAGGUGGCCAGGGCGGCGGCCCUCACCUCCUCACAGACUGGACCUGGGGCCACACAGACCUUGGCUUUGGUGCCUGGCACUGCCACUCUGCUCCAGGCCACCGUCGCAUCAAGGGACCCACUGGCAGCGGGCUCAGAGAAGGCCUGUCCCUUGGAACACAGGGCAGAGCUGGCCACCAGGCCCCUUCCAGCCAGCAGUGGCAAAGGCAGAUGUCACUGCCCCAGUGGUGGGGGAUGUGGGCAAGACACGCACCAGCAGCCUCUGUCGGGGCGCUUCAGCAGCUGUUGGCUCUGUCCCUACAUGUCCGGCAGGGCCCUGGGGUCAGUGGGCCGCUGCUGCUCCGUGCCAGGUCCCAAGGCACAGAGCCAUAUACCUCGCUGUCUGGCCCCACCCACCCCUGCCUCCGCCCCAUCUCCACUUCAGGAAAAGCCGCACUUUAUGCCCCACUGCCUCCAGCCCCUGCAUCCCAUCUCGACCCUCCCGAGGUCGGAGUGGGGCCCUCAGCAGGCCCCAGAGACUUGAGGCAGGUGACUCUCAUCCUUUUGCUGCCCCUUCCUCUUGGCGCCAAGGUGGGGUACUCCAAAGGGGCUGAAUGCCAGCCCCAGCACGCCCUGUAGUUUUCAUUCUGUUAGAGGUGGCCUGGCAAGGCGGCUGGGGUCCUUGUCCUCUUCCCGGCCUCCUGGUUCUGUUUAUGUUGGUGUUUACAAGGCGGAGUGGGGUCCGCCCAGGGUCGGCAGCGCGGUGCUGGCUGGAGCCAUCUGCACUGGACUCGACUGUCCCUUGCCCCAAGGACCACACUGUGAAGUGAAACUGCCUUUGCCCCUUCGCUGUUUUAUUUAUUAAACUUGAUUUGAAGCCCA